UUAAAUCUCCAGUGGAGGGGGAGGGGCUUGUGUCAUGGUACAGGAAGAUGGUCACAGUGGGGUUGUGUUGUAACGGUAGCAACGUUACUGCCAUUACAUGGUUACUGGCCCCACGUCUUCAGGCGCAGUCUCCACUUGGGACCUGAGAGCCCUGACCCCUGUUCACCCGAGUGCUCACUGCAGCCACAGUCUGCAGCAUGGAGGAGGAGGCCCGGUCCUUCCUGGGGAGGUUUGUUGAGGAGUUCCCAGCCGCUCUGGAGGAAGGCACUCCGCUACCUGUCAGCCCUCUGAGCCGCAGAGUCACCCUGGAGGAGCUGCAUGGGGAGAGCCUGGAGCUGGGGCGGAGGCUGCUGGCUGCUAGGGGGGCUCCUGCAGGCCUCAGUGCCCUCCUGUGCCAGGCAGCGCUGUCCCAGCUGCUGCAGAACGACCUCUCACCUUUCCACUGCGCCCAGGAAGCUGGGAACAACCAGGAAGAGGAGCAGGAAGUAGUGUUGCUGGAGUCAGAGGCAGUGCAACGUGUCUUCCUCAAUAAGCUGAUAGAAGUAACACUGGCCUGGUCUCAGGACUUCUCCAAGCAUCCGCCACCCCCCUCCCAGUUCCUCCACUGCUCCGUUCAUACCAUCAAGAACACAAGGAGGAAAAUGGAGGACAAACACUUGGCCCUGGCUGAGUUCAACCAGCUACUUGGAAUCCAGAGCCAAGACGAUAGUGCUUACUAUGCUGUGUUCGAUGGCCAUGGGGGUGUGGACGCUGCCACAUACGCUGCCACUCACCUCCACGUUGCUCUGAGUAAACAGGAGUCACUGCAGAGUGACACAGGCUUAGCCCUCAAAAUGGCCUUCAAGCUCACGGAUGACAUGUUCAGGGGCAAAGCCAAGAGAGAGCGUCUGCGGAGUGGUACUACAGGAGUGGUGGUGCUGAUCCAGAGACAGGAGCUCUUUGUCGCUUGGCUGGGAGACUCUCAAGCAAUGCUGGUCAGAGGGGGACAAGCUGUAACUCUCAUGGACCCCCAUAAACCAGAUAGAGAGGAUGAAAAAAAGAGGGUGGAGGACCUGGGGGGCUGCAUUACCUUCAUGGGGUGCUGGCGUGUUAAUGGCACCUAUGCUGUCUCCAGAGCAAUAGGGGACUUUGACCAGAAGCCCUAUGUGUCUGGAGAUGCUGACUGCUCCACAACCCAGCUGUUAGGGGAUGAGGAUUACGUGCUGCUGGCAUGCGAUGGCUUUUUCGAUGCCGUCGAACCUUCAGAGGUCCCCCAUCUGGUCCAGGAGGCCCUCCGCCAGUCCGUUGGUGACGCUCCGCUGGAUCCGUCGGAGGACGACGCUGGACUGAAAGUCGCUCAACAGUUGGUAUGUCACGCUAAAGAAGGCGGAUCCAGUGAUAACAUCACAGUGAUGCUGGUGUUCCUGCGCCCACUCAAACAACUUCUGGCUCAGAACAGCACCACAGGAACACAGCAGUGAAGGAGGAGCACUGCUGCUCAGACACCUCAGUGCCAAGCUGCUGCCUGACACCCUGCAGACGGACUACUGCUAACAAAACAUGCAAACCCAGCAGGGUGUACUCAUACGCUGUCAUUGUUUUGGGGGAAAACUGUUACUUCAACUGUAUCUUUUGGAAGGUUUGACAGAUGAUACAGGGCCAAAGAUUUGUUUGUGAUCAUUUGUUUGUUGAGGAUAUUCACCAUCCAAGCAUCAUGUCAAUAUUUUCUGUAUGGCUGAUUCAUGUGAAAUAUGAUUUGUUAGGAAUAUCUAAUCGCUUUCACAUCAACACCCGAUUGCCUUAGAAAGGGCUUUGUGGAAAGUGUUUCUACAAAUCACUAUAAAAGAAACCCAGCUAACAUGAGUAUUGUAAACAUUUAAACUUCUUCCUGUUAUCAGCUAUUUGACUCUGAUAGAAACAGACAUUACUUUUUACUAGAACCGGUGUGUGAAUAUCAAAUUAAUAUCUGGACAUAUUGAUGAAGAUUUAAUUACCUACUCAACUGACUUAUUGUUUGAGCAUCAAAGUCAGUCACUCAUCUUAACGUGUUUCUUGUACCAUGGGACUGACGGAACAUCACCUGAUUGGACCAGUCCAAUUCCAUCCACGUUUGCUCCAUAAUCUUUGGAAGCUCUCAAUCUCUUGAAUUUUGGUGCUUGAAUCCAUAGUUACCGUUGCCAUGCCUGUCAAACUUUGUGCGCUCUCAGUAUUGCUAUAAUGAGGCUUGGAUUUAUUACAUGUCAUUUAGCUGAUGCUUUUAUUCAAAGCAUUUUGCAUUUAGCCCGGGGGUAAGGGUUGGGUGUCUUGCUCAGGGACACUUUGACAUGGGACACGGAGCAGUCGGGGUUCAGACCACCAAUCUGCCGUGUCCAUUGAGUCAGAGUCAGAGACCCCCCCCAGCCUUCAGCCCUGCUCUUUGUGCGCUUCUGUAAAAGCAUCAUUGCUGCAUUUUACAAUUUAAAAUGUUCAAUAAGAAAUCACUAGCUCCCUUAAGGUGGCUGUAUAAUGUAAAAAGUAUAAUGUAAAAAGCCAAAAAUAAGCGUGUCUGUCUAACUCUAUGCCUUGGAACCUCUGCUGUGUUAAUAAUUUUUAAGGUUAUAUUUAAAUAUGCUAAUGUGAGCAACCUCUCCUUUGGGGAAGAGCUCAGCAAAAGGUCACUUAACACCAUUUUAUCUCAUACCUAUGUUCUCUAUGCAUUCUGUAUUACUUUUCUAAUAAAUAUUUGGAUUGGA